ACUUCUCAAAUUGCGGAUGUUUUUAAUUUGUCUGCUGCAACGCUGAGCAUCCCCAGGCAGUCACACUUAUUCGCUGUGGUCACCUUCACACCCCAGACGAUGUUGUGCUACAACGCUGUGUUUGAGGCCACAAUGGAGGUAACCAGCAGAAUGACACCCACAUUCAAGAAUAAGGUGCUGGAGUUCAACCUCAGGGGCGAGGGCAGUCUGCCCAGUGUAUGUGUGGUGCGUCCCGCUCUGAGGAACAGCAGAGGACGCCAAAUGCUUCAGUUCAGACGUGUGUUGGUAGGGCGUCGCAAAACACGGCCUCUGGUGCUGCUAAAUGACGGCAAUGUUCCUGCUAAGCGGCACCUGGCAACACAAGCAGCUCCAUCCACUCCACGCAGAUCGAGGCCUCCAAUGACUCAGGGCAUCAGCCGGUGCAACGAGUCAUGCUGAGCCUGAAUGUUCACCAGCAGGUGGAGUUUGAGGUCAGCUUCUGCUCUGACAAGCCUUUGAGUGUCAAGGCUAAGCUCUCACUGCAGGUAGAGGACAACCAGUACGGAAACACCAUGGGCCAGUUGUUCAAAGGUUAUUACGAGGUGCUGAAUUUUGGCGACUGCCAUGUAAAUUGUUCCUAUCAAGAGAAUUUCACAAUGACAAACCACAGCAGCAGCCAGGUAGUGAGGUUUGAGUGGCCUCCUGUUGGAUCCCAUGUCUCCUUUUCACCACAGGUUGGGCACCUUCAUGCCGGUUGUUCCAAGGAAGUGACUGUGACCUUUGCCUCCAAUCAGCCAGUGACUCUUACCAGCCAGCCGAUCAGAUGCAAACUUAGUCAGGUGAAUUUCCAGCAGCCACUCGAGCAGGUGGCCGACUGGGACGACCGGAGGAGGACAUUGCAGUGGCAGAGUUCUCCCAAACAGGCCUCAGGAGCACCACAGCAGCACAAGAAGAAGAAGGUGAUGAAGACGGAUCCUGAACCCUGCUGCUCUGUUGACUAUGUGAAGUUCAGCUGCAGCAACGACACCAUCCACUUCAAAGACAGCAUGCUUUACCAAACCAGGCUCCACCAAGAUUGUGCUCCCCCCUCCUGUAGUCCAGACAUUGGUCGUGGUGGUGAAGAAGGGAGUUGAUGAAAAUGAAAACGAAGGAUGAUGCAUGAUAGCUGGCUGGAAGUGCCUUGGGGGGAGGAGGGUCGCAUCCGGUUUUGCGCUGAAAUGACACCUGACAGCAACAACGGAGAGAAGCCCUUUAAAGGUUUGACAGCAACAAUAUGAUUGGUUUAGAGACACAGCACUGCCUCUGGUUGGUUAUAUACACCUAGAUGCUGGAAAUCUCAGCUGAUAGCAUAAUGCCAUGAAUAACGCAUGGCAUAAAGGGAGUCUUCCUUCCUUGAACUACCGCUUAAGCUCCAUAACCAGAAAGCGUCAUAUUCCAUGUCUCCAUCAAGGCAAAUUGGUGCAUCCAAAUGUUAUUUGAAAUGCGUAAAUUAUGUAAAUUCUUUGUAAUCAUCCAAAAUAACGAUACGUGCAAUGCCAUGAGUGGGGAACGCGCUGUGCAUUGAGUGGAACGAAUUUGACAGUCACUCACUGGCACAUUUUUUUUCCCCAGUCCGUCCCUGGUGCACAUCCUACUAUGAUGAAGUUAAAAUGUGUAACACGCACCGCGCAAGGGCAUGUAACGGG